CCUCGCCUCAAAAGAAAACCCAAUUUCUCUGUAAUGGGUUGCCGGAGAAAUUAAGCGAUGUUGUUUUUCAUAGAUGAGCUUACCUGUUUAUUAUACCUGUUUCUCUUGCUGGGGAUUUCCAGCAUUGAAGUCGAAGCAGAGAGUGAAACGACUGAAUUCGACUUCAGCACGUUAACGCUUAGCAGUCUUAAGCUGCUAGGAGAUGCCCAUUUGAACAAUGGCAGUGUACGUCUCUCCCGUGAUCUAAGCGUCCCUUAUUCAGGCUCUGGCAGGGUCUUGUACGGUAAACCCGUCAGAUUCCGGCAACCUGGCAGCCAUUCUCCGGCAUCCUUCUCCACCUUCUUCUCCAUCUCCGUUAUCAAUCUCAAUCCGUCCUCGAUCGGUGGGGGACUUGCCUUCCUCCUCUCUCCCGACGACGAGACAGUCGGUGAUGCCGGUGGAUUUCUGGGCCUGGGCAAUGGCAAGGGUUCUCUGUCCGGCUACGUUGCAGUUGAAUUCGACACGUUGAUGGACGUGGAGUUCAAGGACAUUAACGACAACCAUGUGGGUUUUGAUCUAAACGGGAUAGUUUCUGCUCAGGUGGGUGACUUGGGUUCCGUUGCGGUCGAUCUUAAGAGCGGAGAUCUUGUGAAUGCUUGGCUCGAUUACGAUGGCUCCUCUCGUCUGUUUAAUAUCUCCGUCUCUCACUCCGAUCUCCGUCCGGCCGAUCCCCUUUUGUCCUUCCAUCUCGACUUGGAUCGCUUCGUCAACGAUUUUAUGUUCGUGGGCUUUUCUGGGUCCACUCAGGGGAGUACAGAGAUCCACAGUGUCGAAUGGUGGAGCUUUACUUCUUCAUUUAACCCUUCUUCUUCUCCUCCUACUUCUGGGUCUGGGUCCUCCCUUCCACCGCCGACGCCUAUUCCUUUUGCCCCAAUGGCUAAUGCUUCCAAUCUCCCACCACCAUCUCCGGUACCUUCUGCUUCAGUUUCAAACUCUUCGACACCAGAAAAGACCAGCAAGUCCUCGUCCUGCCAUAACCAGCUCUGUAAGCAACGCCCUGGGGCAGUUGCAGGGGUGGUAACAGCCGGAGCUUUUUUUCUUGCCAUUUUCGCCGGUGUUCUCAUCUGGGUUUUCUCCAAAAGGUUUAAAACUCCUGAAAAAACAGUCUCUCUAGCAACUGAGAUCGUCAAAACCCCAAAAGAGUUCAGUUACAAAGAGCUGCAAUUGGCAACGAGGUCCUUCGAUAGGGACAGAAUUAUAGGAAAUGGAGCGUUCGGGACUGUGUACAAAGGUAUUAUCCCAGAAACUGGAGCAAUGGUGGCUGUGAAGAGAUGUAGUCAUAGCGGAGGUCAGGGAAAGGCAGAAUUUUUAUCAGAGCUUUCAAUAAUUGGGAGUCUCAGGCAUCGGAACCUUGUACGGCUCCAAGGUUGGUGCCAUGAGAAAGGUGAAAUUCUUCUGGUCUAUGAUUUCAUGCCUAAUGGAAGCCUCGAUAAGGCAUUGUUCGAGUCCACAUCUCUCCUCCCAUGGCACUACCGGCGAAAGAUUUUAAUGGGUGUGGCCUCUGCCAUGGCCUACCUGCAUCAGGAAUGUGAAAACCAGGUAAUUCACAGAGAUAUCAAGACCAGCAAUAUAAUGCUUGACGAAGCCUUCAAUGCCAAACUAGGGGACUUUGGUUUGGCGAGGCAGGUGGAGCAUGAUAAGUCCCCUGAUGCCACUGUAACUGCAGGUACAAUGGGUUACUUGGCCCCGGAGUACCUCCUCACUGGGAGAGCUACAGAGAAGACUGAUGUGUUCAGCUUUGGAGCUGUAGUAUUGGAAGUGGCCAGUGGGAGGAGACCCAUUGAGAAAGAGACCACUGGGAUAGGAAAGGUUGGGGUGAGCAGUAAUUUGGUGGAGUGGAUUUGGAGUUUGCACAGAGAAGGGAGGCUGUUGGGUGCAGCUGAUGCCAAACUUGGUGGUGAGUUUGAUGAGGCAGAGAUGACAAGAGUGCUCUUGAUGGGGCUGGCAUGUUCUCAUCCUGACCCAUUGGCUAGACCUACAAUGAGAGGUGUGGUUCAGAUGUUAGUGGGUGAAGCUCAAGUGCCCAUUGUCCCAAGAUCAAAGCCUUCUAUGAGUUUCAGCACUUCCCAUCUGUUGAUGACCUUGCAGGACAGUGUCUCUGAUAUUAAUGAAAUGUUGAUAACCCUCUCAACCUCCUCCUCCUCCUCCAUAAACCACAGCUUCAAUGGUGGAGAACUAGUUUGAUUGCCAUCAAC